ACGUUCAACUUUCGCACCGCCCCACACAUGACUACCAUCGACAAGGUGCUGGGUGGUUAUCUCUGAUUAUCUCUGAUUACAACUGACGAACACGAUAACAUCUGUGCGUGUGUAUUGGAUAGGGAUAAGGGCUAGACGUCAUCACCAACUGAAGCCACAACCUCAGAGCUAGGCUGGAACUUAUUGGCGAUCUAUCGGCUGGCUUGGAGAAUAUAUAAACGUUAACAUUUACUUCAUCGCUCCCAUACUGUCCGUCACUGAACAUCAACAUCGCCAAGAGCACGAAGUUUGACGGAGUUUGACGGGAUGGCGUUCCAUCAAGAGUGGGCGUGGUACAACCUCUACUUCCCCAACCCCGACGCCGCGCUGUGCAGGAUCAGGGCCGGGGAGCAGGAGUUCCAGAGGCAGAGCAGGUGGCGGGACUUCGAGUGGUUCAACAGGGGCGGGCUGGAGGCCAGUCGGGCGCUCACCUACAACAGGGGCAGGGUACAGCCGUACCACUACGCCGACAGCAGGACGCCGCAUCUCCUUCCCCCGGCUGGGUCACCCUCGGGAUGCCACGCCCUCCGCCACCCCUCCUUCUACUACGAGAUGUUCUACCGCAUGCUGGAGGAGCGUAACGCCCUGGUCAGCAUGGGGCUGCUGCCCCCCGACCUGCCCAACCCCCUUGACCCCAACGACUGCCGGCCGCCCAUCCAGACCACUGGUCAGUACAAGGAACUCAAGGCCAGACAAGCGGAGUGUGCGGUCAAGCAGAUGGAGAGACGGGGUUGGUUCAAUGAACCCUACGCUAGGAGAGGUUAAAUAAAUGAGUCCAGACAC